AUGAGUAAUGCCCGGGUCCUCCUUUUCGGCGACCAAGUAGUGGACAAACUCCCUGCGGUGAAGAACUUAUAUCAAUAUUCGCGUACUCGACCACAACUUCGUCGAUUUUUAGACGACGCCACAAACGCUAUUAAGAAUCAAUUGGGUACACUUACGCUUGCAGAGAAGCAUCGGUUCGGCCACUUUGUUGAUUUACUUGGGCUGGCAGAGUUGUAUAGUCAACAGGAACACCUAGACGAAAUAUGUGGGGCUACCCUUAUAACCACAGCGCAAAUAGGAGAAUUGCUCUUCCAUGUCUACCAGCUCGGCUUCUGCGUCGGCUUACUGGCAGCAUCCGUCGCCUCAGCCGCUACGGAUACAAGCCAUGUCGUUACUAUGGGUGUAGAAGCUGUGGCCAUCAGUUUCCGGCUCGGGCGGGAGCUGACGCGCCGAGCAAGACUAAUUCAAGACACAGACCAAUCAUGGGGAUGCACAUUUGUGGGAUGCUCGCCAGAGACCUUGCAGAAACGGAUAGAUGAAUUCAACAAGUCACUACCCUUGCCACGUCACCUAUAUAUGGGUAUUACGACCAAGUCGUGGUCGACUGUAUUCGGACCGCCGUCCACGUUGCAAUUGUUGGACACAGUGAGCGACUUCGAUGACGUGGGGAUGUCACCGCUGAAGGCUGCCAUUGCAGUGCACGCCACCCACUUACUGCCCGUGGAUAUCCAAGUCAUUGUUGGCGAUUCUGCACUCCUAGAAUCGUCUUUGAAAGCUCAGACAUGCAUCUCGUCGAGUGCAUGUACACCUUUUGAGUCGAACACUCUCCGGGAACUCUUUCACCUCGUGGUCAACGAGGUAGCGCAGCGACCACUUUUAAUGGACAAGAGUGUACAAAAGCUGGGAGAAACAAUCAGAGACUCUGGCUGCUCAAGUAUAAAUAUCGCGACCAUUGGGCCUACACCACACACAGACUGGGUUAAGAAUCUGCUGCAGAAGAGCACGGGAAAACAGGUAAUACUCGAAGAAGGUGUCAAAACUGCUGGAAAUCUAGACGACAAUAUGCGUCAUAGAGACUCUGGGCUUGUGGCCAUUGUGGGCAUGUCAGGUCGCUUUCCACAAAGCAACAGCCUAGAGGAAUUUUGGGACGUCCUGAAAGAUGGAAUGGACACACAUGAAGAGAUUCCUGUCUCAAGGUUCCCAAUCGAUCAAUUUUACGAUGCAUCUGGGGAGAGCAAAAACUCGACGAAGGCACGAUUCGGCUGCUUUCUCAAAGAUCCAGGCCUUUUUGAUCAUCGUCUUUUCAACAUUUCACCGAGGGAAGCUUUACAGAUGGACCCUCUACAACGGAUGCUGCUGAUGACUACUUAUGAGGCUCUGGAGAUGGCAGGCUACCCCGGCUCCACGUCGCUGUAUUUGGCCUGUAACGCUUUGGUGAGCCGCGAGUGCGAUAUGGGGGUAGUUGGCGGUGGAUCUUUGCUCAUGUUACCUGAAUUGUACUCUGGGCUUAGUCACGGAGGUUUCUUGUCGUCGACAGGCGGUUGCAAAACGUACUCUGAUGACGCUGAUGGGUACUGUCGAGGUGAGGCAGUGGGGGUUGUUGUUUUGAAGCGAUUAGAGGAUGCCUUACGUGAUAAUGAUAACAUACAGGCUGUGGUCAGGGGCGCCGCAAGAAACAGCAACGCUGGAGCCGGUUCUAUUACCUACCCAGGUGAGCAUGCUCAAAAAGCCUUAUUUCACGAUCUGCUCAGGAAGGCGGGCGUCGAAGCUGAUCAAGUCUCAUUUAUCGAGAUGCACGGCACUGGCACUCAAGUUGGCGACCAGGUCGAGAUGAACACCGUGCGUGGUGUUUUUGCUCAAUCGAGGUCACCAGAAAAUCCCCUGUACGUUGGCGCUGUCAAAGCCAACGUCGGACACAGCGAGGCAGCAGCUGGUGUCGUAUCCUUGAUCAAAUCAGUUCUUAUGCUACAGAAGAACAAAAUUCCUCCACAGCCAGGAUAUCCUUUUGUGCUCAACCACAGGUUUUCUGACCUGGAGGUUUCGAAUAUUAAUAUAGCCAAUGGGCAGCCGUACCUGGCUACACGUUCCAAUGGGGAUGGCAAACGAAAAAUCGUCAUCAAUGGGUUUGACGCUGCAGGCGGUAAUACCAGCAUACUCAUUGAGGAUGGACCAGGCCAGCCGGUGAAGGAAGUCGAUCCUCGGAGAUACCAUGUCGUUGUUUGCUCUGCCCGAACGCCUCGCUCUUUGGAGGCCAGUAAAGCACGGCUUGCUACAUUCCUCAUUAAAAACCCGGAUACUAGCUUAGCCCAUCUGGCCUAUACAACGACAGCUCGGCGUAUUCAGGAGGUUUGUCGAGCUUCGUUCGUGGUGGACUCUAUUCAGGAUCUAGUGCAACGGCUUCUAGUGCCAUCUCCAAAGGUGACAUCAAAUUUCAAAGGUACAAGCUCGCCGUUGGUUUUCGUUUUUACUGGUCAGAGCUCUCAGUACACGGGCAUGGGAUCGAAACUUUAUACUAGCUCCCCCCGAUUUCGCCAAACUCUGGACACCUUCGAGGCUAUCUGCCGUCAUAAUGGCUUGACGUCAUGGAUAGAUAUCAUUCGUGGUGCUCGGGAUGUUACCGAAGCCUCACCAACGGAGCUUCAGUUGGCCAUCGUGGCUCUAGAGAUUGCACUUGCCCAGUACUGGCAGUCCCUAGGUCUUCAGCCACAGGUUGUUGUCGGUCACAGUCUAGGCGAGUAUGCUGCUCUAUGUGUCGCGGGCGUUCUCUCAGUGAGCGACACGUUUCAUCUUGUCCACGAACGUUCUAGGCUGAUGGCAAAAUGCUGCAAUGCGUAUCAAUACUCUAUGUUAGCAGUACCACUAGCGGCCAACUCGCCAGAGCUCCGCGAUUUACUGCAAGCAAGCAGUGGGUCGUCGUACGAAAUAUCCUGUGUUAACAGCCCAGUUUCAACAGUUAUUAGCGGCUUAUCUCAUGAGCUAGAUGAUCUAAUGGUUACCUUAAAAGGCAGAAAAAUGGUUGGAACCAAGCUUCAGGUUCCCUACGGAUUCCACUCUGCGCAGAUGCAAUCGAUUGUAGGCGACUUCGAGGCGUCGGCUAAUCUCAUACAUUUCGGAAAGCCAACCAUUCCAGUAGUUUCAACAUUAACCGGCGCUCGGGAGGAAGAUUUCAACGCUUCAUACCUGGCAAGACAGAUUCGAUCUCCUGUGAACUUCAUCAGUGCUAUCCAGACAUGCUCCAAUGAAGGGUUGAUACGACAAGGAUCGGUCAUUCUGGAAAUUGGUCCGCAUCCUGUUUGUUCGGGUCUUGUUACUUCCUGUUUGCCAGACCAUGAAACAACUUGUCUUGCAAGUCUACGCCGAGGACAAGAUGAUUGGAAGUCCAUAUCGACAUGCAUAGCUACAGCUCAUCAAUCAAAGCUCUCCGUCAACUGGCAGGAAUUUCACAAAGAACACAUCAAUACUCUCCGUUUGCUCGAUUUGCCUUUCUAUGCGUUUGACCUGAAGGACUUCUGGGUGUCAUACCAAGUACAAGCUCCGGCCCUGCCAUUGAAAUCGUCACAAUCAUCGCGAGCAAAUCUAGCUAUAUCGUCCACAUCUUUGCAGAGCCUCGAGUAUCUCAGCGAUGACAAGUCAUUGGCCAAUUUUGCUUCACACACAUCUGAAGUGAGUUUAUUCAAGGCUAUUCAGGGACACAUUGUCGAUGGUCUCGCAAUUUGUCCUGCAGCAGUCUUCGUGGACAUGGCAUUCACGGCUACUAGGUUUAUUUUAAGCCAGAAUGGGAUCAAUAUUAAGCCCGCAGCGCUUGAGCUUGGUGAACUCGACAUGACAUCACCAUUGGUCGUCCCCUGCCAGAAUGAUGAGCAGGUGGUACAUAUCACUGCAUCUUUGGACGAAAAUAAAACAUUUGUGUCAGUCCGUUUCAGCUCAUCCGUGCCGGGAUCGAUGACUGAACAUGGUACCUGCCAUGUCAUUGUCUCUAGUGCAGCAGCUGGACGAUCGGAGUGGCCGAGAAUGCAAAGACUUGUCAAGGGCCGUGUGAACCAUCUAAUCACGUCAUCCUCCACAGGUACCGCCCAUCGAAUGUCUAAAGCUCUUAUGUACAGACUUUUUGCCACUCUCGUCGACUAUGAUAGCUCGUAUCAAUCUCUGGAAGACGUUUACAUAGACGAAUCUUUCGAUGAUGCGGCGGGUCGCAUGCGUUUAUCUUCGCUUAGCGCGGGAAAAUUCACUUACAGCCCUUAUUCAGUCGAUGCACUCGUGCACUUAGCCGGUUUCCUCCUGAAUGGAGACUUGAAGAAGAGCAAUAAUGACUUGCAUAUCGCAAACCACAUUGGGCGGAUGCAAAUAAUGGGUGAACUCAAGGACGAUCGCGUGUUAACAUGCUAUGCUGCCGUCAGGGAGCGCACUAGCAAGGGCGCCAGCUUGUGUGACGUUUACGUGUUUGACGAUAUUGAGCUUGUGGCAUACUGCAUCGACAUACGCUUCCAGAAGCUCACUCGAGCCUUUUUCGGGUCCCUGACAGGUAAGGAUAGUCAUGUGGCCUCACUUGCAUCCAUCCAAGUCCAACCGGUGCAGAGCAUGGCCAGACGUCGGAACAGUCACAGUAGCAACUCUUCCUCUGAAGAUGACCGAUCUACUUCCACAGCAACCUCCGGACUGAGCACCUCAGGAACCUCCAUCAACACCCCCAAUCCGUACGACAUGUUACUUGGCGUAGUGGCUGAAAGAACGGGGGCAACUGUGGAGGAAAUGAACCUAGACAGCGCAUUUUCUGAUAUGGGGGUCGACUCGCAGAUGAGCAUCGCUAUUUUGACCGACUUCAAGAAAAUUUCGGGUAUGGAGCUACCGGCUUCUUUCUUCACAACCUUUCCAACUAUUACGGAUGUGAAAAGGGAGCUAGGAAUACCUUCAGCGCAGCUCCAGAACCCAAUUUUGAAGGAAAGAGGUACAAGACGACAUGAUGUAGCUCAACCAAAGCUGGUGCUUCCAAGCCCUGAUGAGAGUGUGAUUCGCAACAGCGAAAUACUCAUGCGGAUUGUGGCGACGGAGCUGGGCAUUGACAUAGAUGAGCUGUCUCCAACAACGAAUUUCAGCUCAGCUGGCGUUGAUUCAAUGAUAAGUAUCCAAAUCUUAUCAAGGUUCAAAAGGGAAACCGGCAUAGAGCUACCAGCAGCUUUCUUCAACAACAAUCAGACCGUCUCUGAAGUGAGAGAGGAACUUGAUGGACACAGAUCAGCUCCAGCACAGAUCUCGACCCCGAGAAAAACGCCUCAGCCCGAGUCUCGUGCAAUACUCAUUCAAGGGAGUGCCAGAUCGACAGAGUCACCGCUCUUCCUUGUGACGGACGGAUCUGGCGCAGUUGCUGCCUAUAUCCACCUGCCUCCUCUCCCCAAUGGGCGGCGCAUCUACGCUCUAGAGUCACCAUUUUUGGAACGUCCGCAAGACUAUACACUCAGUAUCCAAGAGAUGGCACAGGUCUUUAUCAAAUCAAUUAGGAAGAUUCAGGAGCGCGGACCGUACCUCAUCGGCGGCUGGUCGGCGGGCAGUAUUUAUGCUUAUGAGAUGGCGUGGCAGCUUGCAGCGGUAGAGUCAGAGACCAUAACAGGCCUAAUGUUGUUGGACAUGCGGGUCCCACAUAGCGUGCCAGACGCGUCCGAGGUGACCAUGGCGUUUGUGGAACAGACUGGAGCGUUCACGGGCGUGGAGCGCGCGGGCAGUUUUCUGCAGGGCUUGUCUGAGAGGCAGAAGAUGCACUUGACGUCUACCGUGCGGGCACUCAUUCGAUAUGACCCCGUACCCUUCCCUAAGGGCAAGCAGCCUCGAUUGACGCAUGUGAUCUGGGCAACCAAGGGACUGAACGAUAGCCCCAAUCCUGCGGAACAUGAUGACAGGAUCACGGGCCCAGCAGCCAUGGGGCCUUGUGGAGAUGGGAAGUCGAUGAGUGAUAUGUCAAUGGACGAGUUUGAGUUGGAAUUGAAGUCGUGGUUCUUUGCCAAGCGGUACGAUUUUGGUACCAAUGGAUGGGAAAGGUUUGUCGGGGACAAUAUCGUGGUGCGAAAAGUUGAUGGAGAUCAUUUCUCCAUGGUUGCACCUCCUAUUGUGAAAGACCUUGGGUACGUGGUUUUGGAAGCCGUGGAGAGUUAUAUCAGAUUGUAAUCGUACAUUCGAGGAUAGACAUGAGACCUUAUACACCGAAACAAAUCCAAUUCAGCUUGCAUAGACGCGCAGUAAAUUUCUUUAUACGCAGCUGCGUUGGUAUAUGCUCACCUGUGAUGUUUUCGAUAUAGUAGGAAGAACAUUUAUUAGACAGACUAUGAUAUAUGCGGCGUCACUACGGGCCAUCUUAGGAUUAUCAAG